AUGAACUUUGACCAACAUCGAUCUCAUAAUCAUCAUAAUCAUUACGAUUCAAUUCAAUUAUCAAAUCAUAAUGAAGAACAAGAUGAAUAUGUAGACGGAGAAGAACAUGAUGACGACAAACAACACGAUGAUGACAAACAACUACAGCAAGAGAAUUCCGUAUCAGAACAACAACAAGAAUCUCCAUUACAACCACAACCGCCAUCAUUUGAAGACGACGAAGUAAAAGUGAAUGUGAAUGAUGAUAUUUCUACCGCAGACGAAACGAUCGCUCAAACAACGAAUUUGGUUGUUCAGAAUUGUGAAGAAUCGAUGUCAGAUGAAACAUGCACAACAGCAGACGAAAUAAAACCAAUUGUUGAUGAUAAAAUAACAACAACAAAUGACGUUUUAGCUUCUGAAAUAUCCACUCCAUCAAUAACCGAAACAACUUCAUCAGAAUUACCUCCAACAACAUCACGUUCUUCUAUAGCACGAAUACUUGUUAAACCUGGACAAAUAUUUCGUGUACAAGUCGAUAAUGAAGUGAAAGAAGUGCAUGCUUCAUCGAUCGAUGGCACAACAAAAAAACCGUUGACAAAUGGAAAUUAUUACCAACCCUAUUAUCAGCAACCACAACCACAAUAUUCCGAUCGACUAUCAUUAAUAACACGAACAAAUAAUACAGUGAAUAAUAGUAGUUCUAGAACAGGUUUUAACGAUGAGAAUAAUAAUAACAGUAGAAAUAAUAAUAUUCAUACGAUAAAUGGGCAUUAUGCUCAAUCGUCUUGUUCAUCAUCAUCACAAUCGUCACCAAAUGAUCCACUUUGUUCUUGGUUAAAUUCUGCUGCUGUUACAGCAGCAACGUCACAAAGUCCAGCUACAGUGAGAAUGAUAUCGAAUGAUGGUCCUGCGUUUCCUCUACCAUUACAUUUACCGCCUGGUCAUAUUGUUCAACAAUUAUUAGAUGAAAAUGGAAUAUUGACACAUGUCAUUUUAUCACAACAUCAUCCAGCAGCAGCAGCACCACAUCAUCAUCAUCAUCAUGUACACCCCGGUUAUUCUCAAACACCAUAUAAUGGUCUUUAUCAUCAAUAUCAAAAUCCAUUACUCGGCUAUCCAGAUGCCUAUCGACCAUGUAAUCAUGUUUCACCAACAAAUUCUGCUUCAUCAUGUCAUUUACAUGCGACUGAUAAUAGUACAAGUACAACAACCAGUCAACGUCGUUCACCGGUUUAUAUUAAUAAUAAUAGCACCAAUCCAAAUAAUAAUCGAAUGGGACAAAAGCGUCGAAUACUCAAUAAUUCAUAUGGAGCAAAUAUGAGUGGUGCUGCUGGACCGAUAAACGGGGGUGAUAAACAACAUUAUUCACCUUAUUAUUCGUCAGAAAUGGUGGCCAGUAAUUUAUCGUCGGAGCCAGAAUUAUGUGAAUAUGAUAAAGAAAGACAAACAAUUGAAAAAGGAUUAUCGAAUUUGACACCACCAAUUAUACAAGAUAUUGAAAGUCGUAGUGCAUUAGUUCGAUUGCAACCACCAAGAUCUGCGUCUUCUUCUGCAUCAUCAACAACUACCACUCCUACCAUUGUUACACCAGCCACUACAGUACCACCCUCACCAUCACAGCAACAAGAUGAUUAUCAAAUUGAUUUUACGGAUUUAAUUUAUGAAUUAUUAUUGUCAGAUAAAGGAAAAGAUGCCAAAUAUAAACAAGUGUACAGUGGUGAUGCAAAUGAAAUUACAUUGAAAGAUUUGAAACCAGCCACGGAAUAUCAUCUCAAAGUUUGCGCGUGUAUUGAUACUUAUAAAGGCGAAUAUACAAAUCCGGUGCCGUUUGUAACCGAACAAUGUGAACCAGAUAGGCCAUUACCACCAAAAUUGUUAGGUGGAAGAUUGAAAAAUUCAUUAACUUUAAGAUGGGGUGCAGCUAUUGAUAAUGGAUCGAAAAUCUUAAACUAUAUAUUGGAAUAUGAUGAAGGCAAAGGUCGAGAAUAUAUUGAAAUAUAUCGUGGUUCAAAAAAACAAUUUAUGAUUAAUAAAUUAACACCCGCAACAUAUUAUUCAUUUCGUUUGGCAGCAGAAAACAGUAUUGGAAGAAGUGAAUUUAGUGAUCCGGUUCAAUUCAGUACAACAGGAACAAUUCCACCUGAGCCUGAUCCGCCUAUGUUGCAUGAAAAAGGAGUUAAAUUUUUAACAUUAUCGUGGAUUAAACGUCAAAUGGAUGAAUCAUUUACAUUGCAAAUGAGUGAUGAAUCACAUUAUUUUCGUAACAGAUAUAUUGGCUCCAAUUUAUCUUAUAAAAUAACGGAUUUAUAUCGAAAUACAGAAUACAAAUUUCGAUUGGCAGCGAACAAUGAAGAAGGUCAAAGUAAUUAUUCACAAAUUGUAUCUUAUCGAACGUUACCUGAUCGACCCGGAGCACCAUCGAAACCACGUAUAAAAGGGCAUAUUCAACCGACAUACUGUCGAAUUACUUGGGAUCCUCCAAGAGACAAUGGUGGAUCAGAGAUCCAGAGAUAUCAUUUAGAAUUAGAAGAAGCGAAAGGAUUUCAUAUGAUAUAUAAUGGAUUAGAAACUGAACAUUGUCUAGAACAGUUAAUACCUGGCCAUAACUAUAUAUUACGUGUGUCUUGUACUUCUGUUGCCGGUCAAAGUGAUCUAUCUGAUACAACAAAACUUCAAACGCCAGCUGUUGCUCCAGCAUCUUGUCAUCCACCGAGAGUAUCCGGAAAACCAAAAGCCAAUUCUUUACAUCUUCGUUGGGCUUAUCCAGAUUAUGAUGGUGGUGCAGAUAUCAUUGAUUUUGAAGUUCAGAUAACAAAUCCUGACAAUUCAUCGAGACUUGUUUAUCGUGGAAAAGAUUUGGAUUGUAUAGUAACGGCUUUACUACCCGGAAGACCGUAUUUAUUUCAAGUUCGAGCGUUUAACAAAGCCGGCGCUGGUCCAUGGUCUGAGUAUUUAGAUGUUCUAUCUGGUCCUGGUGUUCCUGAUGCACCAAGAAAUUUUCUUGUACAAUGUCGUGCUGCUAAUAGUGCAAUAAUUACUUGGGAAGAAGGAGUCAAUAAUGGCGCCGCUAUAACAGAAUAUCGACUAGAGUGGUCAAGAAAGGAAGGAGAUAGUUUCACACAGUUGUAUUGUGGGCCCAAUGUUUCUUAUGAAGUAAAAGGUCUUACACCGGCAACACUUUAUUGUUUUCGUGUACAGGCAGUGAAUUCUGCGGGACAAGGUCCAUACACGUCGAUUGCUUCAUGUGUUACACCACCAACUUGUCCAGCUAUUGUUACGUCAGUAAAAGCACAUGCAAAAUCAACAUCUAUCUCAUUAAGCUGGAAAGAGCCAGCAAAUAAUGGAUCACCAAUUACCGGAUAUUAUAUUGAUAUCGGAGAAAAAGAAUUAAUAUUUGUUGGAGAAUUAACCGAAUAUACAAUCGAUGAAGUUUUACCAGAUACGACAUACAGGAUACGUGUACGAGCUAUUAAUAAUAUUGGUCCUGGACCAUUCUCAUCUACAGUGAAAUGCCCAACAAAAAGUUUACCGCCAGAUCCUCCACGUUUAGAGUGUAUAGCAGCCACAUGUAACUCGUUAAAAUUAAAAUGGGGUAAUGGUGACCAAUUGCAGAAUCGAAUUGUGGGAAGCACUGCAACACUAUCAGCUACACCCAUGGAUACACUAAUUAAUAGUAACACAAAUAACAGUAGCACUUCUAAUAAUACGACCACCAACUCUAACAGUCAGAAAACAAUCAUAUUUACAGUAGAAAUAGAAGGAAAAGACGGAAUUUUCAAUUCAAUUUACACUGGCAAUAAUUUUACACAUAAAAUCAAUAAAUUAUUAGAAUAUACACCAUACAAUUUCCGUAUAUGUGCCAAAAAUGAAACGGGUGCUGGACCAUGGUCGGAAAUAUAUACAUUUACAACAACAAAGGCGCCACCAAAUGUCUUGAAAGCACCCUAUAUAACUGAUAUAACAAGUACAUCAUGUCUCAUCAAUUGGCAACCACAUAAACCGUUAGGAAAAGAUGUAAUUAGUUAUAUGUUACAAAUACAAGUAUACAGAAAAGAAGAUUAUUUUGAAUUGUACAAUGGUGAAAUGUCAUCUUAUCGUGUAACGAAUUUGGUAGCUGGUAUUGAUUACUGUAUUCGUGUUUGUGCAAUACGUGUAACGAAUGAAGGGAUCCUAUUAAAUGGUCCCUAUAGUCCUGUAACCCAUUUUACAUUACCUCGUCCAGAAGAAUUAUUACAACAACAGCAACAGCGUACACAAAUUAAUCGUCCGUCGUCACACCCAUACCAUAUCUCUACACCAUCGAACAUUGAUACAAUACAAUUUUCGUCACCGUCUUCAUCAUCAUCGUCUCACCAUCAUACAUCCUAUCCGUCACCAUCUAUGACAACAUCGACGAAGAAUCAAAGUCUAUCAAAUAAAUGUUUCUCUUUUAUACAACGUAAAUUUAAAACGUAUACAGCAUUUGAGAGUCGUCAAUUAACAGAUCAAGAAUGGGCUAUUAUUAUAUUUAUAUGUUUUACAUUAUUGGCGAUAUUUGUAGCUGUUAUGGCUAAUUUUAUUUAUACAAAAUAUGGCGGUAUAACAACAACGGCAUCAACAACACAAACGACAACAACAAUGCAUAAUGGUUUAAAGACACAGUGA